AUCCCCCCCUUCCCCGGGCUAAAUGUGGCAUUUCGGAGCUCUGACAAGCUGCUGCCAAAUGUUUUCCAUAUUUGUUCAGCCUCCUUGACUCAAAUACCAGGAACUACUCGGCCGGCACAAAGCGAAGCUUUUGGGGGGCAGAAAACCCGCGCCCCCGCCGGCGUGCGCGCACACACACGGGCGAGACAGCCCAAAAUCCGCCGGCAUGGGAAAGGAGGAGAAGAGAGCCCGGCACAGCACGGCCCCGAAUAGCCAGACAGAAAAGGCACCCGGAGGGGAGAAAAGCAGCGACUCGACGCAGGAUCCCGCGAUGAAGAAGAAGAAGAAGCAGAAGAAAGCCAAGGGGGAUCCCAAAAGUGGCCAGGAGGAGGAGGAAUCCCACACUUGUUGUGGCUGCCGUUUCCCGCUGCUGUUUGCCUUGCUGCAGCUGGCGUUAGGCACCUCUGUAACAGUGCUGGGCUUCCUUAUGGCAGGCAUCAGCUCCUCUCUGCUAGUCAGAGACACUCCAUAUUGGGCUGGGAUAAUUGUGUGUGUGGUGGCCUUAGUGGGAUUUGUUAUGCUUUGUAUUUCUUACCAACCUGAUGAGAAGACAUGUGCACAGUUCACAGUGAAGCUGCUGUAUUUUCUCCUGAGUGCCCUGGCUCUGGUUGCCUGUGUCUUGGCAGUGGCUUUUGCUGCCCACCACUACCUGCAGCUGACCCAGUUCACCUGUGACUCCAUCCGGGAUUCCUGCCAGUGCAAGCUGGACCCUGCGGACCCCCUGGGCCGCACCUUCGUCUACCAGGACACGUCUGACUGCAGCAGCCUGACCAGCCUGCUCAGCCUGCACCUCCUGCUGCAGAUGGCCCUGAACCUGGUGGCAGCCCUGCUGUGCCUCCUGAUGUGCUUCGUGGUGUGGAAGCACCGCUACCAGGUCUUCUACGUGGGCGCUCGCUUCCAGCCCCUCGCUGCGCAAGGGCAGCACGUGUAGGGCUGGGGCUGGCUGGGUUUUGGCCAGGGAUGGGCUGGCUGGGGUUUUGGCCAGGGAUGGGGACUGCCACCACAGAGGGAUGGGCUCUUGGAAGGUGUUGGACGCUUACACAGCUUUAAUUUUUCAGUCGUUUCAGGAGCAUUUCGUACGGCUGCUCUUGAGAAAAUGCCUCUUGUGAGAUGAGCUAGAGGUCACAGAGUCCUAAAGAUGCAGCUGUACAAACGCUCCCUGAAGAGCAUCUUUAAUAGCCAUAGAUAAAAUCUUUGGGAGCUCAUCUGCAGGGCUACAGCCAUUACAAAACAGGGUCCAUUUCCCUCUUGCCUUCAGAGAAGCUAUGCCGGUUUCUACCAGACAAGGGUCUGAUCCAAACUGCUUAAUUAUAUCAUGCUUCAGGAAUAUAUCAUAUCUUGGUGCUCUGGGUCUAAUCCAGACUAACCUGAUGGGAAUUUAACAUUCAGGAAAGUAAUGAGGGAGGUCAGGACCUCUUCCAAUGCAGGUUGAGACCAACACCAAAAUGAAUAUACUGAUGGCUGCCAUAUAAAUAUACAUAUAACUUUUCAGAGUGGUUAAUGAUAUAGGCUACCUAACCCAAUUACUAAUAAACAGCAAAUAUGACUGAGUUCACUGUAGGUUCUUUGGUGGGCCUUGCUUGAGAUCCCAGGCAGAUUUCUGAUGUUUGGCAGAAAAGAUCAGUAUAAGGAACCUCCUGAAGCAGAGGGACCCUAAAUCACUAGUCAUGUUGAAAACUAUGUCCAUAUUGCUCUAAUUGCAGGUUGACAAACCCUGAUUUUAGCCAGUUCCACCAAUUAUACUCCAAGCACAAAAGGCCAAAUGCAUUUUUGGUGUAACUCCUCUGAAGACAAUCAGCCUUACACACCAGCAGUGGAGUUGGGCCAACAGCCCUGAAAGUUAUAUCCCUGCAACAAUGAAUGUUUUUAAAAUGGGGUGGAGGGAGGGAAGCAAGAAGAGACUGCCAGUCUCCCAAAGGCAUCUUUGAUAAUGAUGAGGGCAACAAAAUAAUGAUUUCUUAAUGAGGAUGGAAAAACAAAGCAUAUUCAAGCAGUGCUUUUUUCACCCUGAAAGUGCAGAUCUAGAAGUGCUUCACAUCUUAUUAGCCUUAUACCAAGACAACUACAUUUGUUUGCCCCUUGAACUGCCAUUUCCACUUGCACAGCAUGGACAUCUAAAUUUAGGAGCCCUUCCUAAUUGGCAGCAUUUGGCACUGCCUCCUGAUCCAUAUCUGAGCAGGAGCAAGCCAGCUGGUGCUCACACCCUGCCAUGACGAGGGAUUUCCCCAGCCCAGCCAGAACAAGGAUGUCUCAGAGCUGGGGUGGAGCAAUCACAUGCCAGAAAAAUUGUGCCAUAGUCAUUAGCUAGGAGGAAGCAAAUGAAAUUUGUAUAAGGCUCUGCUGGCGGAGCAGGGCAUGCUUCCAUCCCAUCCCAUCCCAUCCCAUCCCAUCCCAUCCCAUCCCAUCCCAUCCCAUCCCAUCCCAUCCCAUCCCAUCCCAUCCCAUCCCAUCCCAUCCCAUCCCAAUGUCCCAAAUGUUGUUCAGGACAUAGCUUGGUGUGCAGCACUCCCACCAGAGUCUCCUCAAUCCUCUGACCUCUGCCUCACUCACACUUUCCCUCUCUGUCUCCCAUCACCUGGGUGUGGGCUGGGCUGGGCUGCCAUGCCUGGCCUCUGCCUGCUCACCCUGGGCUGAGAUUUGCUGGGGCUGCUCUGGAGCACGGCAAGCUCAGCAGGGAUGAUCACAGAGCUACUGUGAAUGCCUUUGGCAGGCAGCAGAAGGGAGGUCUGGGUAACAGAGCCUGCUCCUCUUAACAAGCUGUGCACCUCCAUAUCAGCUCACCCUCCACUUCCAGCCAUGAAUCCCAUUUUCUAAUCAGCACCAUGCAGCUUAACCCUUUGCUCUGGAAGUAAGCAAUAUUCAUCAUGUAUUCUGGUGGUGGUUUAUAUGCUUAAUGAAUAAAUAUGGGGCAUUUCCAUCUA